AUGAGCGCUUUUAGAGAGAGUCCCGGUUCUCUGAGAGCCCUGGCUUUAGCCAAAUUAGUAAACCAUUCAGAGGGUUCUCGAUCUAUAGAUAAGCUCGUGGCUUCCCUUCCUGUCUCUUAUUCCUCGCAUCCCGCCAAGCUAUACACCAUUCCUCUAACCCUUAAUGAACUUGAAGUGCUUUUGGGCGUUUGUCAAUUUGUGCCUUCUACUGCACAGAGUGCUCAAUCACUCUUAAAAAAAUGCAUAAUCCCGUAUUUUCUGUCCAACCCAAGACAGAAAUUUACAGACUAUGUCAUUAAUAAGUAUAGGCAGCGAGGCUUGAAGCAUCCUACUGAGAUACUGUCUUUCGAGCUCUCAAGGUCCAUUAUAAGAAUUAGUAGAAUUUUCCCACAGUUCAUUGACGAAAUUCGAGAGCAGAUUGAUGAAUACCUGCAGUAUAUGUCCAGUAACUUGACAGUUGAGAAUCUCCUGUCUUUUGCGGGAUUCCUUGAGGCCUUGGUGUAUGAACAAAAUAAUUUGCUAAGUUCCUUUGUCAUCAGUGUCCUCCAAGCAUUUAUUAGCGAGGAUUUUCUUUACGCCGUCGAAAAGACUGUUAGAAAUUCUGUUAGUAAGGAUGUUCUUAUCGAUUAUUUUGAUCAUAAUCGGGAAAUAUCUUCUUUGCUGUUUUGUGAACUUAUAGAAAAGCUACAAGUGACUUACGCCGCCUCUUUGUUGAAUGUGCCAAAAAAACAGACUUUGGACUCAUACUUGUUAGAUCUAAAGCAUGCACAGUUUCUUGAUGGUGAGAACAAAGCACUGAAAGAUUUUGAGAAAAAGGUUGGUCAACAGAGAUCGAAACUCUUGGAAUUGUGCAAAUUUUCCUUCAGACAAAUUACUGAAGUUGAGGAGGGCGCAAAGUAUAUUGACUUGUCGAGUCAAAACAGGCUGGAAUCAGCAUACACUGCGAAGUCUUACAUGUUGCAAAUAUUGUCACUAGGGCUAUUCUUGAGCCAUGAAGUUGAAGAAGUGAUAGAAAUGAUCCGGGACGCUGUUAUUGAUCUUCCAACUAACAGCUUUGCUUUGAAGACAAGCCUUCUUACUACUGUAGUCUGCGUUGCGUCUUUGCUCAACUAUUUCACUGACUCGGUGUCAGCAGACCUGCUACGCGUUUUUCCAUUAAUGGUUACCACGAAGCUGAUCACAAAGCAAAAAGUGGCAACAAUUUCUUCAGCUGUAAGCAAAGGAUUGAAACCUCUUACAGAGGAUGUAAUUGUUGGAACGAUAUACAACAUCAACAACUUGUUGGCCUUGGCUCAAGAUGGAUUGCACAUGACGCCAGUGAAGGAUCGCCGUUUGACUACUGUUUUAGGGACUAGCAAUCAUUUUGACCGUUUAUUGUCUUCUAGACCUACAAGGUCAAAUACUGUUGGAACUUAUCAAUCCUUACAAAAAUUGAAGAUUGCGGAAACGAGCAUCGUCCUGCAGCAUGAGUCCAAACUUGAAAAUUACACAAGUCGCCAAGAAGAGGUUGAAAGCAAUUCAACUCUUUACCAUGAUAGUCUCUAUGAAAAUGUGGUAACAGCAACCACGACAAUGGCCUCUGUUUACAAUGAUCAGUCAAUAACUGCACUGACAAUAACAAUACUGACCCAAAAAAUAAAGUCAGCGUCACCACGACUUGACAGAAAAAUUCUUGAGGGAUUGGCGCAUCUUGCAUUGAAGGUGAACCGAUCAGAAUUCAACUUGCUGAUGAAGUUUUUCCAUUUAUCAACAAACAGCGCCUUAGACAAUCAAGAUGAAAAAAUGAUGAAAAGUUUAAUUGCGGCUAAGUCCAUCAUUGCUGAAGGUCUGGCUAAAGAAGAUCUGCAUAACAAUCUUUUCCGGAUUUACCUGCGCUACCUGCUGGAUGCUAUAGUUGCUAGAGGCGAUGUUGAUCGAUCUGAGCAUCACAGAUCACAUUCUGAAAUUUCGAAGGUUGCAGAUCAGAUUGCAGUGUAUCUUAAGCCGCUUGCUUCACUCCUCCCUAAGCCUGGAGAAAAACCUUUAGACCUGAUUCAUGAUGAGGAAAUCACGAAUGUUUUCCGGAAUGUCUGGUUCAACGCAGCAGUACAUGGUUUCCAUGGAGCAGCUGCCUUGACCUCGAAGAAUCAUGAAGAGCUUUUGGUGAUUGCCUAUAACUCUCCUCCUCUUGCUUCUGAUUUUGCUUCAGGAAAUCGUGAGACAUCCCUCGAUAUGAAUACGAUUCUCCGGCGAGGUUCGUCUAAUCACAACCUGAAACAACAGAAGCUCAUACUUUCAGACCAUCUAUCUAUGAGUCCUGUUCAGGCGAGGACACUUUCUUCUUCGAAAGUAAUGUUUCUAGCUGCGACUCUACUGUUGGAGGGUCUGAGGUGCGAGGCGGGGGACUGCUCAAAAACACUUUUGUACUGUUCGGAUCGCUCAAUUGUAAAGAGCGGGCUUGACAAAUUUGUCAGCUCGAUAUCUGUGUCAAUGGUUCAGAGAUAUACAAAACUUGUUAUAAAAGGAGACUCCGUUAUAUUCUCCGCUGAAAAUGUUGCUAAACAACUUGACAAUAUAUUACUACUAUUGACGCAUAGAGAUGCUCCACUUCAAGAUGCUGCGUACCAAAGUUGUGAUAGAUUCAUUGAGAGGAUACCCUCAAGUCUCUGUCAUCGUGAUUCGUUGUAUACACUAUUAGACUCCCUCACCAUGUUGUUCGAUAGCGUAAUUGCCUGCGAAGCAAACAAACAUGAGGCAGUUUUCGAAUUCACAUUGAAGCAUUCUAAUAGGAAAAUGAUGUUACCAGAUUCACUGAAUUGGAGAUCUCUAACGCUCGAAAAGCUCCAAAAAUACGCGACUCGCUGGGUCACGAUGAUCCUCAAAACGGCCAAUCAAGAUACAAAAAUUCUUCUGCAGUCUUACAUUUCUGAUGUGAGCAGCACAAGAAGACUGAACAGUAUUGAGUUUGGGGUUUCAUUUGCCUUGGAAAUGGCAGCGAAAAUUUUACCUGUUGAUAGGGAGCUUGCCAAUAUCAGCCAGGGUGGAUAUCGCCGCCCUGACAGUAUCUCUGGCUUUCUAUCUCAGCAUGCUUGGCGGUCCAGGUUUAUCAUGGAUCAAAGCGUUUUAUCAACAUAUGAUGGCAUCGAGGCAGAAAGGAAUUUUUCAAGAAGAAAAAUAUUGGCGCAUCUAGAAAACAAAAAGCCCUUGGACUACAAAGAUAUCAGUGCUUUUCUCGACCUUUCUGCUUCCCUUCUCAUUUUGAGGCAGGGAAACACCGCAUCUUUAGUGUACGAUAUUGUUUGCAUCCCUUUCCAGAUCUUCACAUCGGAUACCAUUAAAAUUGCAACAAAUGUUUGGCUUUCUGUAAUUAACGAAAGAAGUGACGUUGGCUAUUUGUUGCUUUCAGAGAUUGGUCAUUGCUGGAGGGAUUCCAUAGACAACAAUACCGGUUUAUUUUCCAUGAAGCACAACUUGGUAGCCGAAGAAUUUCAGUACAUGGAGUAUUCUCCUUACAACAAAAAAGAAAUCAAUAGGCGUGCCCAUGCAGCGAGCAAAUCACUCCAGCCCCAUUUGCAACUGAUAAGAUUCCUCAGUUCUCACUUUGAGGGAACAAUGUUUGACAGUUUGCACUUGCUUCACAUUUUCACGAAGCUAUGUCUCUAUGGCCUGAAGAAUCUCGGAAAGGCUAGUCUUCAUCCUUUUGCCAGAAUUGCGCGCAGCGAGCUGCUCUACUUUGGUACCCUUGUUUUUGCAACCAACGUCAAACACAAUACACUUUACGUCCCUGAAAUAAGCCGCUUCCUGGUUGACGGUGCUCUCACAUGGUUUGAAAAACCAAAAUCCUGGCCAUUCGGUGCCAACGAGCUCAAAAUAAGGGCAGAUUUAGCUCUUUUGAUUGAAGUGUACCGAAAACUCAAAAGCCAAGAGGCAAAUUUGAAGGUUCACUGUUCUAAGGAUGUAUCUCUAUUGGAACAUUUUUUGCUAAGUGAAAUUUAUUCCGUCGAAACCUGGUUACGUCCACUUGCUAAGCCUACAGACAUGGUAAAGCCACCCACUGACCUCGUCUCUCAUGCUUUCAAGAAGAAGCCUGAACUAGCGAUAAACCUUGUAGAACGGUAUCCCUUCAAAAAGUCUAGCGAAAUAUUGACACAACUUGUCAAAGAAAACCCUUUGCUUUGUGCACACUCGCAGAAGACUCUUUCCUUCUUUUUAGCCGGAGGCAAGGAUAUGCACUACGUUUUGUACUGGGCACCCGCCAGCCCUCUGAAGUCAAUCAACUUGUUUUUACCUCAAUGGGCGCAAAAUACGUUUGUUAUACAAUACAACGUGCGUGCCAUUGAAACCCAUGAUGUUAAUUUGACCUUUUUCUAUGUUCCACAAAUUGUUCAAUGUCUGAGGUACGAUCCGCUAGGGUACGUUGAGCGUUUUAUCAUCGACACGGCUAAGAUUAGCGUCUUAUUUUCACAUCAAAUCAUUUGGAAUAUGCUUGCCAAUAGUUACAAGGACGACGACGGUGAAAUACCAGACGACUUGAAGCCUACAUUGGAUAGAAUUCACGAUAAGAUGCUCGCCUCCUUUAGCGCAGAGCAAAAAGACUUCUACGAGCGAGAAUUUAGCUUCUUUAAUGAAGUGACAGGGAUCUCAGGAAAACUGAGGCCCUACAUCAAAAAGACUAAAGCUGAGAAGAAAAUUAAGAUUGACGAAGAGAUGCAGAAAAUCUCUGUGUUGGACGGCGUGUACCUCCCUUCCAAUCCAGAUGGCGUUGUUGUUGACAUUGACCGGUCCAGCGGCAAGCCACUGCAAAGUCACGCUAAAGCGCCGUUCAUGGCCACGUUCAAGAUUGAAAAAACUGAACAAGAUCCGGACACAGGAGAAGAUAAAAAAGUUGAAAAGUGGCAGGGGGCCAUUUUCAAAGUUGGAGACGAUUGUAGGCAGGACGUUCUCGCACUGCAGCUAAUAUCCCUUUUCAGAACUAUAUGGUCGGCCGUCGGUCUUGACGUUUUUGUUUUCCCCUACCGGGUGACAGCCACGGCUCCCGGAUGUGGUGUUAUCGAUGUGCUGCCAAACUCUAUUUCAAGAGACAUGCUUGGAAGAGAAGCCGUCAACGGGCUCUACGAGUACUUUACCACCAAAUUUGGGCAUGAAAACACAGUUGAGUUCCAGCACGCCAGAAACAACUUUGUGAAGUCGCUGGCGGGAUACUCAGUCAUUUCUGAGUUACUGCAAUUCAAGGACAGACACAACGGAAACAUAAUGUACGACGACCAAGGCCAUUGUUUGCAUAUUGACUUCGGCUUUAUCUUCGAUAUCGUACCUGGUGGUGUGAAGUUUGAAGCCGUCCCCUUCAAAUUAACGAAGGAAAUGGUGAAAGUCAUGGGCGGUUCCCCAGACACGCAAGCUUACCGUGAAUUCGAGGAACUCUGUAUCAAGGCCUACCUUGCAGCCCGUCCCCAUAUGGAUUUAGUCUUGGAGUGCGUGACGCCGAUGUUGGGUAGCGGACUUCCUUGCUUCAAUGGCAACAAGACCAUCCGAAACCUGGAGUCGCGUUUUGUGCCACAUAAGACAGACUACGAGGCUGCGCAGCACAUGUUGUCGCUUAUCAAAAAGUCCUAUGAAAGUUUAUUCACUAAAGGUUAUGAUGAGUUCCAGCGGUUGACCAAUGGAAUUCCUUACUGA